UCCCGGCGGUAAGAUGGCGGCUGCCGCGGAGUGCGAUGUGGUAAUGGCGGAGACCGAGCCAGAGCUGCUAGACGACGAGGAAGCGAAGAGGGAAGCAGAGUCUUUCAAGGAACAAGGAAAUGCAUACUAUGCCAAGAAAGAUUACAAUGAAGCUUAUAACUAUUAUACAAAAGCCAUAGAUAUGUGUCCUAAAAAUGCUAGCUAUUACGGGAAUCGAGCAGCCACCUUGAUGAUGCUCGGAAAGUUCCGGGAAGCUCUUGGAGAUGCACAGCAGUCAGUGAGGUUGGAUGACAGUUUUGUUCGGUUCAAGAAUGCUAAUGCAGUCAUAGAAUAUGAGAAAAUAGCAGAAACGGAUUUUGAGAAGCGGGAUUUUCGGAAGGUUGUUUUUUGCAUGGACCGUGCCCUAGAAUAUGCCCCUGCCUGCCAUCGCUUCAAAAUCAUCAAAGCAGAAUGUUUAGCAAUGCUGGGUCGUCAUCCAGAAGCACAGUCUGUGGCCAGUGACAUUUUACGAAUGGAUUCCACCAAUGCCGAUGCUCUAUAUGUACGAGGUCUUUGCCUUUAUUAUGAAGAUUGUAUCGAGAAGGCGGUUCAGUUUUUUGUCCAAGCUCUCCGGAUGGCUCCUGACCAUGAGAAGGCCUGCGUCGCUUGCAGAAAUGCCAAAGCACUUAAAGCAAAGAAAGAAGAUGGGAAUAAAGCAUUUAAAGAAGGAAAUUACAAGCUAGCAUAUGAACUGUACACAGAAGCCCUGGGGAUAGACCCCAAUAAUAUAAAAACAAAUGCUAAACUCUACUGUAAUCGGGGUACGGUUAAUUCCAAGCUUAGGAAACUAGAUGAUGCAAUAGAAGACUGCACAAAUGCAGUGAAGCUUGAUGACACUUAUAUAAAAGCCUACUUGAGAAGAGCUCAGUGUUACAUGGACACAGAACAGUAUGAAGAAGCAGUACGGGACUAUGAAAAAGUAUAUCAGACGGAGAAAACAAAAGAACACAAACAGCUCCUAAAAAAUGCACAGCUGGAACUGAAGAAGAGUAAGAGGAAAGAUUACUACAAGAUUCUUGGAGUAGACAAGAAUGCCUCUGAGGACGAGAUCAAGAAAGCUUAUCGGAAACGGGCCUUGAUGCACCAUCCAGAUCGGCACAGUGGAGCCAGUGCUGAAGUUCAGAAGGAGGAGGAGAAAAAGUUCAAGGAAGUCGGAGAAGCUUUUACCAUACUCUCUGAUCCCAAGAAAAAGACUCGAUACGACAGUGGACAAGACCUGGAUGAAGAGGGCAUGAAUAUGGGUGAUUUUGAUGCAAACAAUAUCUUCAAGGCAUUCUUUGGCGGUCCUGGGGGCUUCAGCUUUGAAGCAUCUGGUCCAGGGAAUUUCUUUUUUCAAUUUGGCUAAUGAAAGGAAACCACCCAGAACCCAGAAAAUGCAGACUUGCUCAGUUUAACCUCGAAUGUGGACACAGUUCACCUCCUCCCUUCAUUAUGAUCCACGUACUUAGAGCAGUUUCAUUUUCUCAGUUGGAUACCCGGUGUCUGUGUGAGUGGGGUGAAGGAAAGGGAGCCAGCGCCGAAGACUGCGGGUAGGGGAGGGAGGUGGGGGGUGGACAGGGCAGCUUGUGAAUUUUUGUUUUACUGUUUAACUUUAUUAAAAAAAAAA